AUGAUUAAGAUAGGUUCUUUCAAUUCACCCAACGUGAGGCCCAGGUGGGCCUUCAUCCUGCCAUUGCUUUCUGUGGCAGCAUGGUGGGGAAUGCUGAUUGCCAUGAUCGUCUGUUGGGUGGCGCAGGGCAGGCCAAACUACGAGCAAGAACACAUUUACAUGGCUCAUCUCAUUGUGUAUUUGUCCAAUGUCGGGGCCACCAAUUUGCAGGGUCUUUUCAUUGCCGGCACAGCAACCAUGGGGGUGUUUUUCGUGUGGUCCGUUAUAGAGGAGACAUACCUUAGAUCUCGCCGGAAACGUUACUUGCUACCACGCUUCCGUCGCACAGCCACGGCUCUACAUGUUGCUUGUAUUAUACUGACCUUUUUGGCCUCGCUUUCCAUCUUUUUCGUGUCUUGCUUCAAAGACACCGAAUAUGACACUGUUCACCUGACCUUUGUGGGUAUCUUCAUUGUGCUCGAUCUCUUUUGGGCAAUCUGCAAUAUCAGCUUGUACUUCAUCUAUGCCAGGCAUUACACUCAUUUCAAAUGGUUCAAAUGGAGUGCCUGGCUGAAAGUGGUGUGGCUGAUUGUUGGAAUUGGCCUCGCCGUUGGCUAUGUCGCUUGCAUGCGCGUUGCAAGCAUUCAUGGCGACGCUUCUCGGUUGUGGGGAGUCUCUGCGGUGUUUGAGUGGGCCUUGUGUUUCUGGUUCGGUGUGAUCAUGUUCUUGUUUUCCGUCGACCUUGGUCUCAGAUCCAAGGCCGAUUCAGAUUACCAGACCGAUUCCGGCUCUGACUGGGACAAGGAAAACAAUAUCCAAACGCCGCCUCAGGGGACUGUUCAUUAUUGA